AUGUCUUCAUGGGAAGAAACAGCGGCCAAGAAGAGAGACCAACUUUUUCACAAGAUCCCAACAGAAUGGGUGCUUCCCAAGGAGAUCCUGGAUAGAGCAAAGGAUCGGCUGAAUUUAACGGGGAGCUUUCUUGAAGAGCUCCUCGACUCGCACACUCGCAGGAUCACAAGUCUUGAUAGCGUGGAGCUUGUAGAUGCCGUUAGCAAUGGCUCCUUCACAGCAGUACAAGUCGCAACUGCUUUUUGCAAGAGGACGGCGUUUGCGCAUCAAUUGAACUGUAAUUUGCUCGAGAUCUUGUUCGAACCGGCUCUUGAGCGUGCCCGAGAACUCGAUUGCCAUUUCUCCAAGACAAACAAACCAAUCGGUCCCUUACACGGGCUACCAAUCAGCCUAAAAGAUCAGUUUCACGUCAAAGGAGGGGAGACUACCAUGGCUUAUGUUGGUUGGAUAGGAUCAUUUGAGGGUGAAAAGGGCACGGGUAAAGAAGGAAACUUUGAAAGUGAGCUUGUUAGAGAGUUAGUGGCCCUUGGGGCUAUUCCAAUAGCGAAAACAAGCUUAACACAGACUCUUUGGUGCGCUGAAACGAACAAUAAUAUUCUGGGUUACAAUUGGUUGCCCCAUAAUCAAGAAUUGUCCUCUGGAGGCUCUUCGGGAGGGCAAGGAGCUUUGCAAGCUUUGAGAGGCACGACAUUAGGAUUUGGGACUGACGUCGGGGGUUCGGUAUCUAUUCCAGCUGCGUUCAAUGGAUUGUAUAGUCUGAAACCGUCUCAUGGGAGACUUCCCUUUAAGGGUGUGCCGAAUAGCUCUCCUGGUCAACACAUCAUACCAACUGUGGUAGGGAUUUUCGGCACCGAUAUAUCCUGCUUACAGUUUGGUUUUCGAAGCCUGAUGGCGGCCAAGCCAUGGCUCAGCGACCCUCAUGUGUUAGAAAUGCCUUGGAACGAGGAUGCGACGUCCCAAAUAGAAGAUAGGUCAAAGAAGCAAAAGCUGUAUUUCGGAAUCAUGGAAGAUGAUGGGAUUGUGAAACCCCAUCCACCGAUUCUUAGAGCGGUGCGUAUGGUGAAAGAAGCGCUUAGGGCGAAAGGAUACAAAACCCUUGCCUGGCAUCCACCUUCUCACAGCGAGUCUGAAAGUAUCCACAGUGGAAUUACGAACGCAGAUGGUUGUCCCGAUGUUAUAAAACGUCUCAAAUUAUCCGGGGAGCCAGUGAUACCUGAACUCGAAACUGAACUUGGAGAUGAGCCCCAGCCUCCUAUUUCAUUACCGCAGCUUUACGAGUGGAUGCGGCGGCUCAAACAUUACCGAGAGGACUAUCACAAUUAUUGGAUGUCAACCUCAGAGGGCGAUGAUGACGAAAAUCCUGUGGAUGCAGUGAUUCUACCCGUAGCUCCACAUGCAGCAGUGAUUCCUGGCAAGUGGUAUCACUAUACGUACGGAAACCUCGCCAAUACACUGGAUCGCCCUACAGUUGUGAUUCCGGUGACGACUGCUGAUAGUCAUAUAGACCUUUUUGACCUUGAAUACAAACCUAUUAAUGAGACAGACCGGAAUAAUUGGCUCUCGUAUGAUGCCGAGAAAUAUGCUGGAGCUCCAGCGUCAGUUCAGAUUUUAGGAACAAAUCUUGGAGAAGAGAAACUGCUACGUUUGGCACAAGCAGUCGUCGAUGCUCUAAAUGAUUACAAGCUGGGAUUGUAA